CUGGGCUCCGGAAACUUUGCGCCGGAGCGUGGGAUUGACCAGGCAGAGCCGAAACGGCUGGCUGGCCUGGAAAGGGACGGGGGAACGGCUACAGGAGGGAGGACCGACCCUCCGGCACCCCAGGUCUCUAGCCCCGACGCUGGAAAGGCAGGGGGCGCAACAACAGCAGCCGCCCGGGAGCUGUCCCUUCAGCACCACAGACCUAACGCCUGAGCGUUAGGGAGGCGGAGGCGGGGCAACAGGCGGGAGCUGUCCCUUCAGCACCGCAGACCUUUGCCCUCCAAUGAAACCGGCCGGCCCCCGCCCCAGGACUCUUGUCUUUUCUCCAGUUUGAGCGGGGGUGUCAGGAGCAGGCGGAGAGCUUUCCUGGGAGGCUGGGGAAGCAAUGAACACUCUUCUCAGCGACUCGCCUCCCAGCAGUGCUAUUUUUUGCCAUCCGCCCUCACCCCCAGCACACGCGCUCGCACACACACGCACGCACGCACACACACACACACGCACACACACACACACACACACACACACACACACACAUAGACCUCUCUGGAUUUCUUUGAGUCUCCCGGGGCUGUGAGGAGCCAGGCGCAUCUCAAACCAAGCUGGCAGCUCCAGGCUCCGGAGCCAUGCCCUGCACGGACCCUCAUCUUUACCAAGCUCCUGAGGAAUGAAAGGAACCCAGGGAUCCUCAGAAGGCAGCAGUGAUGUGGACCAACCCCCUGGAGCCUGCACCCUUCCAAGGGCCAUAGGCGACCCAGGGAACCGGAGAGAGCUCCAGACAGGAAAUCCCAGCUUUCCUAAAGUCUCUGUGGAUGCUGACAAAAGGAGACCCGAAUUUUUGAAAGAGCCUGCCUUAGGUUACCCAGCUGCAGAGUGAUUUUCCCCUCUGGCAUUGAACCUAUCCCUCCAACCCCCAGCCAUCCAGAGUACCAUGAAGAAUUAUGAGGAUGUGUGACAGAGGUAUCCAGAUGUUGAUCACCACCGUGGGAGCCUUCGCAGCUUUUAGUUUAAUGACCAUUGCAGUGGGCACGGACUACUGGUUAUAUUCCAGAGGUGUGUGCAGGACUAAAUCUACAAGUGAUAAUGAAACCAGCAGGAAGAAUGAAGAAGUAAUGACCCAUUCGGGGCUGUGGAGGACCUGCUGCCUAGAAGGGGCUUUCCGAGGAGUGUGCAAGAAAAUCGAUCACUUCCCUGAAGAUGCUGACUAUGAACAGGACACAGCAGAGUACCUCCUGCGAGCCGUGAGGGCCUCCAGCGUCUUCCCCAUCCUCAGCGUCACGCUGCUCUUCUUCGGCGGGCUCUGCGUGGCGGCCAGCGAGUUCCACCGAAGCAGACACAACGUCAUCCUCAGCGCGGGCAUCUUUUUCGUCUCUGCAGGGUUAAGCAACAUCAUCGGGAUCAUAGUUUAUAUAUCAGCCAAUGCCGGAGACCCCGGGCAACGUGACUCCAAAAAAAGCUACUCAUACGGCUGGUCCUUUUAUUUCGGGGCCUUCUCUUUCAUCAUCGCAGAAAUCGUGGGCGUAGUUGCCGUGCACAUCUAUAUAGAAAAACAUCAGCAGUUACGUGCCAAAUCCCACUCGGAGCUCCUGAAGAAAUCCACCUUUGCUCGCCUUCCGCCCUACAGGUAUAGAUUCCGGAGGCGUUCAAGUUCUCGCUCUACGGAGCCCAGAUCCCGAGACCUGUCCCCCAUCAGCAAAGGCUUCCACACCAUCCCUUCCACUGACAUCUCCAUGUUCACCCUCUCCCGGGACCCCUCCAAGAUCACCAUGGGGACCCUUCUCAACUCCGACCGGGACCAUGCUUUUCUACAGUUCCACAAUUCCACACCCAAAGAGUUCAAGGAGUCGCUGCAUAAUAAUCCGGCCAACAGGCGCACCACGCCCGUCUGAGCUGACCUCUGGCCUCUGGCCUCCGCCCCAGCACAGCCUCCGGGACGGCGUCCAGAGGUGGCUCUGAGGUUGCAUGGUAUGGUCCUCGUGAUGGUAUUACUUUUUACAAAGAAUGAAACCAAAUGGACUCAGCCCGCUCCCAAACUUGGCCCCUGGCCCUCCGGGUCCUAACACCCUCCCCCAACUCCCAACCAUCCCCUUUCCAGACCUCCCCCACUUUUCAAGCCAAUCCCAUGAUGUCAUUUCUCUCUCUGUGUAUCUGUGCCAGAUGUUUUCCUCUCUUCCUUCUUUACUGGAAGGACCUCCACAUUCUUCCCUCCUUGGAAGAGGACUUUACUCAAAGUCACGGGUGGUGGCCUGGGGGGGAGGGGGAUCCCCGAGUCCCCAGGCGCGUGCACUUGUCCCCAUUACCCGCUCACACAAAUCCUCAGGACGCCGACUGCCCAGGUGGCCCUGAGGGAGGCAUUCACCUUUACGUGUUAGAAAAACAUGACCAGAAAUCAAAGAUGUCAGAGCCCCGAAGCAGCUAAUGUAAUAAGCACUCAUGUUAUUAAAGGUUUUGCCUUGUUGUAACCAA